AUGUUCUCCACAGCAAAGGUCCUCCCGGCAUGGCCGUCAAUACCAGUCUUCAUACCGCAUAGGGUGCGCCGGAAGUUUCGAGCGGCACGGUCAAAAGUCCACAGCAGGCAGACGCCCACGUCAUCCAUCACCGCCCUCGAAACCUCCUUCGACCCCGCCGACACCCUCCGGUCGCUGCGCAACCACCAGUGGUCAUUCUACGAUGGGCAAUACGUGUUCCUGGCCAUCAUUGGCAUAUUUUCGCUGUCAGUCAUUGAGGAGCCUGGACCUUUUCUGAAGACAAUAAUCGCAACGCUGUUAAUGGCCUCCCUGAUCAUCCCGAUAACUCGGCAGUUCUUCCUCCCCUUUCUCCCUGUGAUUGCCUGGCUUGUUCUUUUCUAUUCCUGCAAAUUCAUUCCUGGAGACUAUCGACCGCCGAUAUGGGUGCGUGUCUUGCCAACGCUCGAGAAUAUCCUCUACGGCGCCAAUCUGAGCAACAUCCUCUCCGCGCAUAAGCACGCGGUCCUCGAUGUUUUGGCAUGGCUUCCGUACGGAAUCACGCAUUUCGGAGCGCCGGUCGUGGUCUCAGCAAUCAUGUUCGUGUUUGGGCCACCCGGUACAGUGCCAACGUUUGCGCGGGCUUUCGGAUACAUGAACGUUGCAGGAGUCAUCAUACAGCUGCUGUUUCCCUGUUCGCCGCCCUGGUACGAGAACCUCUACGGUCUCGCGCCGGCCAAUUACAGCAUACCAGGAUCUCCCGCCGGUCUUGCGCGUAUCGACAAGCUGUUCGGUAUCGAGCUUUACACAUCUACAUUCACCGCCUCUCCAUUGGUCUUUGGAGCGUUCCCGUCGCUGCACGCAGGCAACUCCGUCAUCGAAGCUCUCUUCAUGAGCCACGUCUUUCCGCGUCUUCGACCGCUCUUCGUCCUCUACGCUUUGUGGCUAUGGUGGGCGACCAUGUACCUCUCGCAUCACUACGCCGUGGACCUUGUUGGCGGCGCUUUACUCGCGGCCAUUGCCUUCUUUUUCGCCAAAGCCAAUUUCCUGCCGCGGUUACAGAAAGACAAGGAGUUCCGCUGGGACUACGAUUACGUGGAACUCGGCGAAACUUAUGAUGGUGUCGCCUACGGCAUGUCGAAUCUGUAUCAAGAGUUUCAGCAGCCUACUGCCGACAGCGAUGAAUGGACCAUCGGCUCAUCCUCUUCAUUCUCGUCCGGAACGCGAAGCCCAUCGAUGGGUGCCAGAAGUCCAGUCGACGAUUCACAAAAUCUGUGGGAAGGAGAUACUCUUGCAUCCCAUUCUGAUCACGAGCGAACGUGA